AUGCCUUCGAUUAACCCGAUUCGCAACAAUCAGUGCAUUCCAUCUCUUUACCUAUGGUUUUGGCAACCACGGCCCGAUAGGAACGUGUUCCUUUGCCCUGAAAGAUCCAUCUGGCCCUUGCAUCAGACCAAGUCCCAAAGAGGUGACUUGCAUUGUGAAUCUGGCACCAAGGCCUGCUUCAAGGAGAUUCUGGACCUGAUGACUGAUGUUGCGAUUGAUCGUCUUCACAUCGAUGAUCUGUACGCCAUGUCCCAUCUCAGCAGCACACAAGUUAUCGUCGCUGCCGCGGGCUCGCGAUUGGGGAUCCCGUCUCGCUGCUUCCGUCAGUAUCUUCAGCAAGACACCCACAUCUCUGGUGGCAAGGAUAUGUUCAACCUUGGGAGAGAAGAAAUCGUAUUUGGCGCACAACCUCUGCAGGAGUCCCAGGUUCGGUCUGCGGUAAGCGUUGAGUUACGCAAAGCCGCACAUAAGGCGCAGGUUCGCAUCGACUUGACAAUCUUCGGCAAUGAUAUGGGUGCUCUAUUUCUGCCAAUCUCCACCUUAAUAGUAUCGGAUGAGCUAUCGCUUCUCAGCUCCAGGUACAGAUCUUCUUCUUCCUCGUACUUCGGAAACAGUAUUGCCAUCUUGCGUGGAGUCGGACCAAUGUUGAAUGGCGGUUCUGAACGGAAUGACCCUUUCUACCCACAUCAGCACCUGCCUUUCAUCAUGUCGCCGUCGGUGUUCGCAUUUGCAAGGGAUCCACUGAUACACAAUGCCAACGCAGCAAUACUGAACUGA